GGUAAAGCUUCCACCUGCGCUGGGUAUUUAUUACCAGGUGGAGAGGAGCUUGUGAUUUCUGUCUGACAGUAAAGCACUUUGAAGCCUCCAUCAGCUAGGAGCACAGACUGAAGAGAACAAGAGAGUUUGGAAAGACUUGAGCUUGAUGUUAUAAAGUUUCUUAUGGUGGAAUAAUUAUUCUGGAAUGAUCCAAGGGGCUGGAUACCUGAUGAAGGAAGAAGUCAUGAUGGGUCUACCAAGAAGAUUGGAUGCAUGGCUCAUUGUGUUGGGUUCUUGAAAACUUCUAUGAAAUACAAUUACUUCUCUUGGUUUGAGGAGGUGUUAUUGACUACUUCUAACCUGGUCUUGAACUGACUGUAGCAAGAAACCUUGUUUUGAAGGUCAUAACCAGAAACCUGAAGAUGUUGAGUCCCAGUUGGUGUCCACUAGGAAUCUAAAGUGCUGGGCUUCAAGAGUGUCAAAGACUUUAUGGUUGGUGUUUGAACCCUUCUUUGUAAUCAUGCACAGGAGUCUCAGUCUUGGAGGGAAUAUGGAAUUCCAUGAAAAACUUGGAUGACCAAUUGGUGGUGGCUGAUAAGAGAGAGAGAGAGACCUCCCAGCUCAGUAAGGGUUGAAGGCAGCUGCCGCCUGCUUAUUCUUAGGGAGUGGUUACCUUGAGACCAGUCCUGAGCUGCUGAUCAGAGAUCACACGUCCUAAAACCUCGGAGGGUUUGCAGUCACACAAGCCUAAGCAGGUAAUUAAUGUUCUUCUCUUCCUUCCCCUCUGGACCAACCAAAGCCUCCCUCUUACCUUCAUCAUCUUUGUAGAUCAGCCUGGCAUAGAACAGCAGCUGGAGGGCGGACUCCCCCUCAUUUUGUGCCUCCCACAAAAGCAACAUGAGCUGGGUCUUUAAUUGGACUAAGCACCAGGGCUAGAGCAGAACAGUUUGUGGACUUUACCCCAGAAUUGAUCUACAGACCUAGGCAGUUCUAUAGACCUCCUGGACAAGCACUCUGUUUCCAAUGCUAUAUAAGUAAGAAUUAGGACAGAAGGAGCAGGAUGAAAAUAUGGCAGUCCUGUUGUUGCCACCAAGUCCUGACAGCUUCCGCCGUUUCACCCCAGAAUCAUUGGCUGCUAUUGAGAAGCGUAUCGCUGAGGAACAGGCAAGAAGUGCCAAACAGGAAUACAGAGAAGGAGAGGACAAUGAAAAUAAAGAGGGAUUACCUACGUCACAUCCUGACUUGGAGGCUGGCAAACAGCUGCCUCGAAUCUUUGGGGACUUUCCUUCACAUCUUAUUGGGCAACCCCUGGAGGAUAUUGACCCAUUCUACAAAAAUAAGAAGACCUUUAUAGUACUAAACAAAGGAAAGACAAUCUUCAGAUUUAGUGCCACACCUGCUUUGUAUAUAAUUAGCCCUUUCCAUCCUAUCAGAAGAGCUGCAAUCAAAAUUUUGGUACAUUCAUUGUUCAGUAUGUUUAUAAUGUGCACUAUCCUCACAAACUGCGUGUUCAUGGCUAUGUCUGACCUGGGAACGUGGGGAAAAUAUGUAGAGUAUACUUUCACUGGCAUUUAUACUUUUGAAUCAUUGAUAAAAAUUCUGGCAAGAGGAUUCUGUCUGAAACAAUUCACCUUCUUGAGGGACCCAUGGAACUGGUUGGACUUCAGUGUUAUUGUCAUGGCAUAUGCUACUGAGUUUGUGGACCUGGGCAAUGUGUCAGCUUUAAGGACAUUCAGAGUACUUCGAGCUUUGAAAACAAUCUCGGUCAUUCCAGGACUGAAAACCAUUGUUGGAGCCCUUAUCCAGUCAGUGAGGAAGCUUGCAGAUGUUAUGAUUUUAACAGUUUUCUGUUUGAGCGUCUUUGCCCUGAUAGGGCUACAGCUCUUUAUGGGCCACUUAAAACAAAAAUGUGUUAGAAAUUUCACAGAAUAUAAUCGAAGCCUUUCUGAAAAUUUUUACUGGGGCAUGGAUAACUCGAGCUGGUCAACUUAUGAUGAGUUCAUUAGUGAUGAAAAAAAUAUCUACAUAAAGAAUGGAACAAAAGACGCUUUACUGUGUGGGAAUAGCAGUGAUGCCGGGAAGUGCCCUGAAGGCUUUUCUUGUUUGAAGGUCGGCAGAAACCCCAAUUAUGGUUACACCAGCUUUGACACAUUUGGAUGGGCUUUUCUCUCUCUUUUCCGACUUAUGACACAAGACUAUUGGGAGAACUUAUAUCAACAGACUCUACGAGCAGCAGGGAAGACAUAUAUGAUAUUUUUUGUCUUCGUCAUAUUUUUGGGUUCAUUUUAUUUGGUGAACUUGAUACUUGCUGUGGUGGCCAUGGCUUAUGAAGAGCAGAACCAAGCCAGCAUUGCCGAGGCAGAAGCAAAGGAAAAGGAGUUUCAACAAGCUAUGGAGCAACUAAAGAAGGAACAAGAGCAGGCGCUGGCUAAUAAAGGACCAGAUGCCGGAUCAUAUAGCUCUUGUGAGAUGUCACCAUUCAGUUCUAAAAGUGCCAAAGAAAGAAGAAAUCGAAGAAAGAAAAAAAAAUCUUCAGAAGUUGAUGAGUAUAACGAUGAUCUAAGAACUAACAGGGGGGAAUCUGAUGAAGAGAGUGGACGCAAGCCGUCCUUACUUGGCAUCGGUAUUGGACCUAUCUCUGGUAGACGGAGGAAAAGCAAUGGAAACAUAUUUAAUUUCCGUCCUAGAGACCUUUACUCAGAGACUGAAUUUGCAGAUGAUGAAGGGAGCAAUGCCAGUUAUGGUCACAGAGGAUCUUUGCUCGUUCCACGUGCAGGAAGACGCCAAAGUAUACAGAGCCAAACAAGUGCCAACUCCUAUCCAAAUACACCCGGGUUCACACAGAAUGGCAAGAGAAACAGUUCAGUGGAUUGUAAUGGAGUGGUAUCUUUGGUUGGAGAAGCUGGCAUGUACUCAAAUCCAACAUCUCCUGGAGGAUUACAGCUGCCAGCGGUCAUCGUGGAGAAGACAGGAACAGAAGAAAAUGUAAGUUGCGUCAACAUUCUAGCGUGCAGAGCUGCUUACUACAGCACUGCUUCCAUUAACUUUAUUGAUGGAUGCAAGGUGUCCAACCCUGUCAUUCAGCUAGUGAUGGCCAAUCCUAAGGAUAGCCAAUCACUUAGUAAAAGCUAG